GGGGCCGCUGGGCUUGACCGGGGACUUGACCACAGAUGCUCUCGCCCCGUCUGAGAGAUCUCUCUCGCAACCUCGCUGGAUCGUUCCAUCGGCCAAGAAGACCGUAGAGCAUCUACAACUGUCACACAGAGCAACAGAGACACGGAGCGAUAGAGCUCCAUAUGUGAUCUACUUGCGUUAGCGUGCCUUGCUGCUGCCGGAGGUCCUCGACGAGCUUCAUGCUCUUGGCCGGUGGGUCGAUCGAGGGUAUCCAUUCCAGUUGCUUCAAUUGUGCCGUGGAGUGUAAUUCUGAGUCGUGGAAUCGCGCUCUUGGAUUCUCUAGAGGUUUGGAUGUGAGGAGGAAUGGAGUAUUUUGUACGAGCGUUGCCAUUUAGAGGAGGAGGGCUCAGAGUGGAGUGUGAUUCAGGAGAGUGAGUUGGGGAGGGAGGGAGAGAGAGAGAGAGGAGGGCUAGUUUGAAGAAUGAUGGGUUGUGGAAUGGAUAGUUUUGGGUUAGGAUAUGACCAGGAUGAACGACUCAACAGCUGGAGAUGUACGAGAGAUCUGCCUCGAGGCGGUGGUUAUUGGUGCAAUCUUAUCCGCUUAGAGCUUAAUAUCGUGUGCUAUGUCACCUAGGGAGCUCGGAGAUAUAACGUGGAUUGGCUCUUGAUGGAGGAAUACGUACUCUUCAAUGUUAGCAAGAAGUUACUCUCGUUGCGGAGAUCCUUCGUGACUUUUAGGUGACCUCACAUUUAGAUUUCUAUGUUACUAUGGAGCUCGAAGGCUGCAGAAGUGGCGGCAUUGGAGCUUUGCAGUAUGCGUCGGGGGCAAAGUUUUCUAUCCUGGUUGUCGGAAACAGAGGGCUUUCCUUUCAGUCAGGCAUCAGGAACAGGAUCAGUGGAAGGAGAUAGAGGUCCUGGUAUUAAGCGCGGAUUGGAAGACUGUCAAAAGUGGGGGUAAACAGUUUCGUUAGCGAAGCGUUGCACAGGUAAACGUUAGUCGGUAGUUGGAAUAGUUGGAAGCAGGAAGAUGAAGUCCAUAAAAAAAUUGAUGCACUUUAACAGUCACAAGUUCAAGGAGAAACACAGUGGGUCUCAAAGUUCGCCAGAUUCCAAGCAUGGCGCCGACGUACCGAAAGAGAUGCAAGAGUUGCGGGAAUUGCGGAAACAAUAUGAGGGGCUGUUUGAAGUGUCAAAUUUGGUGUCAGUCCGUGCUCAUGAGUUUUCAACAGCCAUUCAGCAACUUGCAACGUACCUCAUCAAUACCUUCGGCUCUAUUGAAGACGGGGAAACUGGGAAGGUCUUCAAAAUAGUUGGGAGAGUGCAGUUUGAGAUGUCUAAAAUUCUUGACUUAUAUGCUUCCCAGGUCCUGCAAACAUUUACGGAGCCAACAGAAACUCUUCUUUCUGAACUUCAAAAUGUGGAGGAUUCCAAACGGCAGCAUGACGAAAAGAGGCAGUUAUAUGAAAACCUAAGGACACGAAUUGUGAAAGGACGGCCAAAGAAUGGCAAAGCCGAAGCAUUUGCAGACCAACAGCUGCAGGUCGUGAAAGACGAAUUUGACAAGCUUGCUAUGUUCGCCAAUGCACGUUUGGUCUCCUUGGAACAAGGCCGACCUCGUAGCCUUAUCACUCAAGCAGCUCGUCAUCACACAGCCCAGAUGCACUUGUUUAGUCGGGGACAUUCGGCUUUGCAGGCUGUCGAACCUUAUAUGAGGCAAGUUGCUCGAGAGCGGAAUAUAGAUCGUGAAAUAAGCCUGGCAAGGAGUGGCUUGCAUGAUAACGAAUUUGAGUCCGACACAAAUGAAGACGAUGAUGUGUCGUAUAUAGAUGAGCUCGAUACUUCCGACUCACAAAGUUUGGAACAUUCAAGCAGAUGGAAUUCGCGCAUAGAUUCGCCAGAGAGAUCGCCGAAUAUUCUAGAUGAGGGUGUUGGAGUGCCAAAAAAUCUCACGAAGGAAUGGAAUUCUAUGCUUUUACGAUCCAAUCGAAGUAUGGGGGAAAAUCCACAAUCCAGGCACAGUGGAGAAUAUUCUCACUUAAGAAGUAAUAGUGGAGAUGGACCAAAUUUGAGGGAUGGUAGUACAUUUGGCUCCGGCCCUAAUACUCCAAGGCUGGAUGAGAGUGUUUUCGGCUCUGGUGCCACCACUCCCAGACUACUGGAGCAUGGUCGAACUACCAAAUAUAGUCCAGGAUAUCACAGUAGUAAAUCGGCUCCUUUAACACCGCGAGGGCUGCCAGUUGAUGAAGAUGACACUUUUCACCCAACCGAAGCGCGUGAAGAGGACUUGGAGUCGAACCAGGGUGGAGUAUAUACUUCCCCUCCUCCCUCCAGGCCACCCCCAGAGGUCCCUACUGGUCCUACAAGAGGCAUGGAUGGAGCUGGAUUUAGCGCUACUUCUUCUGAGUAUACAUCACAUAGCGUCUCUACGUCGGGAAGGACAUCUUUAGACAAUCAUUACCACACAUCUGACCCAGAUUUGUCAGCUUGUGGUAUGCAAAGUGAUUCUUCUGGAGUUUCGUCAAAGUACAGUCAAAAGUCCGCAGGAUUUACUUCGGAAUCAGCUCAAGCGAAGUCCCACACUUCCUCUGAUCAGAAACUUCCUUCACCAAAGCAACAACCUCCAGUGUCUAUCAUGGAGAACCCUCCAGUUUUCAGCUUUGUUUCCCCCUCACUUUCUUCCACGCCUGUGGGAUUCACUAGUAACACCAUGGAUUCUAGGCGGCGGGAUUUGAAGAGAUACAGUCAGUCAGGACCUUUGACUUUCAAUGGCAUGCCUUGGACUAGCCAACCAUCUUUAGGCAAUAUGGGCCCCAACACGUCAUCUCAAUCCGGGGGCAACGCUGCCUCUGAUCUGCACAGGUCUGGUCCUUUGGGAAGAUCUCCUCUCGGUCGAACGUUUGGAUCUCCAAGAAUCUCCCCUUGUAUAUCACCUCCUAGGAUGUCGCCUCCAAGAAUUAGUGAACUUCACAAACUUCCUCCUCCUCCUCUCAAUCAAACCAGGAGUACCUCAACUUCCUCCUGGUCAUCUAACUUAAUUGCCCACUCCGCCCCUUUGUCAAGACCUGCAGAAUCAACCGCCAGUCAGAGUACUGUGCGAGCCACACCUUUGCCUCCUCCUCCACUUGGAUCGAUGCCCCGGAGCUUAUCUAUGCCUGCUCGACAGAAGAAUGCACAGUAUCAGCAGCGGUCUAAGCCACCAACCAUACCACAAGUUCUGGAAGUGAGUGACGAAGAGAGUGCCUCGCCGUCUCACGAACAAUCUGAAAAGAACAGUGCUGGGGGACGCAACUUUAGUUCUCAGGACCACCAUUAUGUGCACAGAGUAUCAACUCCGAAAAGAAGUUUUUCAGUUCAGGAAUUGGCACCUACACCACCAAAUCUUCCGUUCAUACACUUUGAUGCCUCAAGGUCCGCGGGCGGAGCGUCACCUAAGAGCUCGCAACAACACGUUCGACCACCAUCACCAUCUGCUCCUAGUCGAAUGUCUAUGGACUCGCAGACUCCUACUCCGUUGAAGUCCGCUUCUCCUAGGACACCAAGAUGGCGAUCUUUAUCCAUCAAUGAUACUGACAGCUAUCUUCACAACGCAGCCAAAGGAGCUGUGUUCAACAGGGAGUUCUCACCAGAGCUGGUCGCAUUAGGCCCUCGCUAGUCAUCUCAUCUGGUGUUAGUUGGUAUAAUCAUCACCUGUAGAGAUUGUUAAGAGAUUGUACCUUGGAACUGCCGAGCAUUAUUUUUGUCUGCCGCAGAGUUUUCACCACCUGUAAUCCAAGUACCCCGAAAUGGUUUUGUGAGCUAUUCCAAGUCUUUCGCUUUGAACAACUCUAAUCUGAUGAACUUUGAAUUUCUGGACCGGUUCGGGUAGCAGAUAGCAUGGAAACUCACUGCUCAUGCAUCCCUUACCGUCAGGGUUGGAUUUUGAGCCAAUGAUCUCAUCUAGGUAGAUUUAGUUAGUUAUCUCCACUGACUGUAAGGAAGACUACUCUUGGUGGUUAGUUCAAGUUCGCAUCUAAUACGCGUUUGUUAGGAGCUCAGUUCUACGGGAAUAUGGGUUAAAUUGUACGUUUUGUUGUAAAAUAUGAACAGGAGUAAAGUUGGUGGUGGUAAGUGUGGGGAUUUGACCACCCGUGCUGAAAUAUAUCUACUCAACAUUAUCAAUACAUAAUAUGGAAACAUCUUCCAGAAAUGAAUCUCACAUGAGGGUGGUGGUUUCGAUUGUGGAGCUGGGGUUACUCCUAGAAGAGACACAUUAAGUUUUGUAAGUUGUUCGGGUGAAAACUUUUGAGUUGCUCAAGACUGUUGGGUUAAAUUUAA